AUGCUCAAUGCAGGAGAAGAGAAUUUUAAGUUUGCUAAUGGAAUGAAAAGAAUGAAUGGUCCAGAUAGUUGGUGUAUAGCAAAACCUUCGGCAAGUCUAGAAGAGCUGAAUUACAACCUUAUACAUGCUUGCAUUACCCAUAGUUGCUCUAUGAUUAAAAAGGGUGGAGAAUGUUACGAACCAGACACACUACACAGCCACGCUUCUCGUGCCAUGAAUCGGUUCUAUGCAGAUCAUGGAAAAGAUGAAUUCUUCUGCAACGCGUUUUUCAGAAAUUCUGGUCUCAUUGUUCUUUUUGAUCCAAGUUAUGGAAGUUGCAAGUAUGACUAG